CAAGUAGCCUUUGGCCCACCGCUUUGGAAGUCGAACACCAAGACAGCUAACAAGCAACAAGGACUAAUUCGCCAAAAGAUUGGAAAUGAACUCCUUGUUUGUUGCCUGCGUUUCGCUCUAUCUUGCAUCGUUUGUCGUGGCUCGCAUUCAUUAUAAAACGUCUGGCCGACAACAUGAUCAUUCGGUUUCAGUUACAAAUGGUUUCGGGAAUAAUGAAGGAAAUAAUAAUAAAGUUCCGACGUUUUGCUCCAAAAAUGUAACAGCGUGCAAUUUAGCUGGCUUAGAUGUGACAUGUGUUACGAGUCCGGACUGCACCAAAGAGGUUGCUGAGGGCAGAGCUGAUUUGACGUAUGCAUCCGUUAACAGUAUCAUAAAAAACGAGAAUAAACUGAAAAUCGUCUUGAGUCAGAAGGUCAAAGGUGUUCCUCAGAAAUUUGUAUUUUACUACGGCCUAGCUGUUGUUAAGAAAGAGACGACUUUCAAUUUCAAUCAGUUGAAAGGCAAAGAUUCGUGUCACACCGGAGUCGGAAGAACAGUCGGAUGGAACAUUCCUGUUGGUUAUCUUCUUCACACAAAAGAAAUGCCGCAACGCAAAGAUCAAUACAAAUCGGCUGCAGAUUUCUUUGGGAAAAGUUGUGCUCCAGGCGCUUCCAAGAUUACCGCAAGCCAUUACGUGAAAAAAAAUCUGUGCAGGUUGUGCGGUGGAACAUGCAGCUUUUCAUCUUCCGUGAAUCCGUACGCAGGCUACGUGGGUGCAUUCAAAUGUAUGGCUGAUGGGAAAAACCGAGUUGGAUUCGUAAAGCAAACCACAGCAGAUGAGUACAUCAAGAAUUAUGGCGGUAAAAAGGAAGACUAUAAACUCUUGUGUAAGAAUGGCAUGACAAAACCUCUGGAUCAAUACAAGGACUGUCACAUUGCUUCGAGACCAGCGAGUGCGCUGGUGACAGGUAAACACACAUCUGGUGGUAUGAUCAAGAAAUAUCAAAACAUGUUCAAGCAGGCCAAUAUCGAGGACUUGAGAAAUGCUCGCAUGGUGAGCAGAAGUACUGAAAGUUUGGAGGAAUAUACUGACACAAUCUACAAAUAUGUGGGACCGUACGCCAAUUAUUACAAAGCUGCCAAAAAGACAGAUACAGUUCCAAAGUUUUGCUCCCGAGAUGCAAAUGCGUGCAGAUUAGCUGGCUUGGAUGUGACGUGUGUUACGAGUCAAGACUGCACCAACGCUGUUGCCGAAGGCAAAGCCGAUUUGACGUACGCAUCCGUUAACAACAUCAUCAAAAAUGAGAAUAAACUGAAGAUCGUCUUGAGUCAGAAGGUCAAAGGUGUUCCUGAGAAAUUUGUGUUCUACUACGGCCUAGCUGUGGUUAAGAAAGAGACGACUUUUAAUUUCACGCAAUUGAAAGGAAAAGACUCGUGUCAUACUGGAGUUAGAAGAACAGUCGGAUGGAACAUUCCUGUUGGUUAUCUUCUUUACACGCAAAAAAUGCCGUUAAACAAAAAUCAGUACAAAUCAACUGCUGAGUUCUUUGGUAAAAGUUGUGCUCCAGGUGCUUCCAGAACUACCGCAAGUCAGGAUGUGAAAAAUGAUCUCUGCAGUUUGUGCAAUGGAACAUGCAGCUUUUUUUCAUCCGUAAACCCGUACGCAGGCUACGUGGGUUCAUUCAAAUGUAUGGCCGAUGGAGAAGAUCGAGUUGGAUUCGUAAAGCAAACCACAGCAGAUCAAUACGUUGCAAACUAUCCUGGCAGUAGUAAGAGUGAUUAUAAACUCUUGUGUAGAGAUGGAACGACAAAACCUCUUGAUGAAUACAAGGACUGCCACAUUGCCUCGAGACCAGCGAGUGCUCUAGUAACAACUAAAGGCACAUCUCCUGGUAUAAUCAAGAAAUAUCAAAACAUGUUCAAGCAGGCCAAUAUCGAAGACUUGAGAAAUGCUCGCAUGGUGAGCAGCAGUACUGAAAGUUUGGAGGAAUAUACUGACACAAUCUAUAAUUAUGUGGAACCGUACGCCAACUAUUACAAAGCAGCUCAAAAGACAGAUACAGUUCCAAAGUUUUGCUCAAGAGAUGUAACAGCGUGCAAUUCAGCUGGCUUAGAUGUGACAUGUGUUACGAGUCCAGACUGCCCCAAAGAGGUUGCUGAGGGCAAUGCUGAUUUGACGUAUGCAUCCGUAAACAAUAUCAUCAAAAACGAGGAUAAACUGAAGAUAGUCUUCAGUCAGAAGGUCACAGGUGUUCCUGAGAAAUUUGUGUUCUAUUACGGCCUAGCUGUUGUUAAGAAAGAGACGACUUUUAAUUUCAAUCAGUUGAAAGGCAAAGAUUCGUGUCACACCGGAGUCGGAAGAACAGUCGGAUGGAACAUUCCUGUUGGUUAUCUUCUUCACACGAACGAAAUGAUGUUUGACAAAAAUCAGUACAAAUCGACUGCCGAGUUCUUUGGUAAAAGUUGUGCUCCAGGUGCUUCAACAACUACCGCAAGUCAGGAUGUCAAAAAUGAUCUGUGCAGUUUGUGCAAUGGAACAUGCAGCUUUUCAUCAUACGUAAACCCGUACGCAGGCUACGUGGGUUCAUUCAAAUGUAUGGCCGAUGGAGAAAAUCGAGUUGGAUUCGUAAAGCAAACCACAGCAGAUCAAUACCUUGCUAAAUAUCCCGGUAGUAGUAAGAGUGAUUAUAAACUCUUGUGUAGGGAUGGAACGACAAAACCUCUUGAUGAAUACAAAGACUGUCACAUUGCCUCAAGACCUGCGAGUGCACUGGUUACAAGCAAAAGCACACCAGUUAAAGUGAUAGAAAAAUAUCAAAACAUGUUCCAGGAGGCCAAUAUUGAGGACUUAAGAAAGGCUCGCAUGAUCAGCGGGAGUACUGAAAGUUUGGAGGAAUAUACCGACACAAUCUACAAAUAUGUGGAACCGUACGCCAACUAUUACAAAGCAGCUCAAAAGAAAGAUACAGCGCCAACGUUUUGCUCCAAAGAUGUAACAGCGUGUAAUUUAGCUGGCUUAGAUGUGACAUGUAUUACGAGUCCAGACUGCACCAAAGAGGUUGCUGAUGGCAAUGCUGAUUUGACGUACGCAUCCGUUAACAACAUCAUCAAAAACGAGGAUAAUCUAAAGAUGGUCUUGAGUCAGAAAGUCAAUGGUGUUCCUGAGAAAUUUGUAUACUAUUACGGCCUAGCUGUUGUUAAGAAAGAGACGACUUUCAAUUUAAAUCAGUUGAAAGGCAAAGAUUCGUGUCACACCGGAGUCGGAAGAACAGUCGGAUGGAACAUUCCUGUUGGUUAUCUUCUUUACACAAAAGAAAUGAUGUUUGACAAAAACCAGUACAAAUCGACUGCAGAGUUCUUUGGUAAAAGUUGUGCUCCAGGUGCUUCUACAACUACCGCAAGUCAGGAUGUGAAAAAUGAUCUCUGCAGUUUGUGCAAUGGAACAUGCAGCUUUUUUUCAUCCGUAAACCCGUACGCAGGCUACGUGGGUUCAUUCAAAUGUAUGGCCGAUGGAGAAGAUCGAGUUGGAUUCGUAAAGCAAACCACAGCAGAUCAAUACCUUGCUAAAUAUCCUGGCAGUAGUAAGAGUGAUUAUAAGCUCUUGUGUAGAGAUGGAACGACAAAACCUCUUGAUGAAUACAAGGACUGUCACAUUGCAUUGAGACCUGCGAGUGCACUGGUAACAAGUAAAGGCACAUCUGCUGGUAUGGUCAAGAAAUAUCAAAACAUGUUCAAGCAGGCCAAUAUCGAGGACUUGAGAAAUGCUCGCAUGGUGAGCAGCAGUAUUAAAAGUUUGGAGGAAUAUACCGACACAAUUUACAACUAUGUGGAACCGUACGCCAACUAUUACAAAGCAGCUCAAAAGACAGAUAAAGUUCCAAAGUUUUGCUCCAAAGAUGUGACAGCGUGCAAUUCAGCUGGCUUAGAUGUGACAUGUGUUACGAGUCCAGACUGCACAAAAGAGGUUGCUGAUGGCAAUGCCGAUUUGACGUACGCAUCCGUUAACAACAUCAUCAAAAACGAGGAUAAACUGAAGAUGGUCUUGAGUCAGAAGGUCAAAGGUGUUCCUGAGAGAUUUGUGUUCUAUUACGGCCUAGCUGUUGUUAAGAAAGAGACGACUUUCAAUUUAAAUCAGUUGAAAGGCAAAGAUUCGUGUCACACCGGAGUCGGAAGAACAGUCGGAUGGAACAUUCCUGUUGGUUAUCUUCUUCACACGAACGAAAUGAUGUUUGACAAAAAUCAGUACAAAUCGACUGCCGAGUUCUUUGGUAAAAGUUGUGCUCCAGGUGCUUCAACAACUACAGCAAGUCAGGAUGUGAAAAAUGAUCUCUGCAGUUUAUGCAAUGGAACAUGCAGCUUUUCAUCAUACGUAAACCCUUACGCAGGCUACGUGGGCUCAUUCAAAUGUAUGGCCGAUGGAGAAGAUCGAGUUGGAUUUGUAAAGCAAACCACAGCAGAUCAAUACCUUGCUAAAUAUCCUGGCAGUAGUAAGAGUGAUUAUAAACUCUUGUGUAGGGAUGGAACGACAAAACCUCUUGAUGAAUACAAGGACUGCCACAUUGCCUCAAGACCUGCGAGUGCACUGGUUACAGGUAAAAGCACAUCUCCUGGUAUGAUCAAGAAAUAUCAAAACAUGUUCAAGCAGGCCAAUAUCGAGGACUUGAGAAAUGCUCGCAUGGUGAGCAGCAGUACUGAAAGUUUGGAGGAAUAUACCGACACAAUCUACAACUAUGUGGAACCGUACGCCAACUAUUACAAAGCAGCUCAAAAGACAGAUAAAGUUCCGAAGUUUUGCUCCAAAGAUGUGACAGCAUGCAAUUCAGCUGGCUUAGAUGUGACAUGUGUUACGAGUCCAGACUGCACCAAAGAGGUUGCUGAUGGCAAUGCUGAUUUGACGUACGCAUCCGUUAACAACAUCAUCAAAAACGAGGAUAAGCUGAAGAUGGUCUUAAGUCAGAAAGUCAAAGGUGUUCCUGAGAGAUUUGUGUUCUAUUACGGCCUAGCUGUUGUUAAGAAAGAGACGACUUUCAAUUUAAAUCAGUUGAAAGGCAAAGAUUCGUGUCACACCGGAGUCGGAAGAACAGUCGGAUGGAACAUUCCUGUUGGUUAUCUUCUUCACACGAACGAAAUGAUGUUUGACCAAAAUCAGUACAAAUCGACUGCCGAGUUCUUUGGUAAAAGUUGUGCUCCAGGUGCUUCAACAACUACAGCAAGUCAGGAUGUGAAAAAUGAUCUCUGCAGUUUAUGCAAUGGAACAUGCAGCUUUUCAUCAUACGUAAACCCUUACGCAGGCUACGUGGGCUCAUUCAAAUGUAUGGCCGAUGGAGAAGAUCGAGUUGGAUUCGUAAAGCAAACCACAGCAGAUCAAUACCUUGCUAAAUAUCCUGGCAGUAGUAAGAGUGAUUAUAAACUCUUGUGUAGGGAUGGAACGACAAAACCUCUUGAUGAAUACAAGGACUGCCACAUUGCCUCAAGACCUGCGAGUGCACUGGUUACGGGUAAAAGCACAUCUCCUGGUAUGAUCAAGAAAUAUCAAAACAUGUUCAAGCAGGCCAAUAUCGAGGACUUGAGAAAUGCUCGCAUGGUGAGCAGCAGUACUGAAAGUUUGGAGGAAUAUACCGACACAAUCUACAACUAUGUGGAACCGUACGCCAACUAUUACAAAGCAGCUCAAAAGACAGAUAAAGUUCCGAAGUUUUGCUCCAAAGAUGUGACAGCAUGCAAUUCAGCUGGCUUAGAUGUGACAUGUGUUACGAGUCCAGACUGCACCAAAGAGGUUGCUGAUGGCAAUGCUGAUUUGACGUACGCAUCCGUUAACAACAUCAUCAAAAACGAGGAUAAGCUGAAGAUGGUCUUAAGUCAGAAAGUCAAAGGUGUUCCUGAGAGAUUUGUGUUCUAUUACGGCCUAGCUGUUGUUAAGAAAGAGACGACUUUCAAUUUAAAUCAGUUGAAAGGCAAAGAUUCGUGUCACACCGGAGUCGGAAGAACAGUCGGAUGGAACAUUCCUGUUGGUUAUCUUCUUCACACGAACGAAAUGAUGUUUGACCAAAAUCAGUACAAAUCGACUGCCGAGUUCUUUGGUAAAAGUUGUGCUCCAGGUGCUUCAACAACUACAGCAAGUCAGGAUGUGAAAAAUGAUCUCUGCAGUUUAUGCAAUGGAACAUGCAGCUUUUCAUCAUACGUAAACCCUUACGCAGGCUACGUGGGCUCAUUCAAAUGUAUGGCCGAUGGAGAAGAUCGAGUUGGAUUCGUAAAGCAAACCACAGCAGAUCAAUACCUUGCUAAAUAUCCUGGCAGUAGUAAGAGUGAUUAUAAACUCUUGUGUAGGGAUGGAACGACAAAACCUCUUGAUGAAUACAAGGACUGCCACAUUGCCUCAAGACCUGCGAGUGCACUGGUUACAGGUAAAAGCACAUCUCCUGGUAUGAUCAAGAAAUAUCAAAACAUGUUCAAGCAGGCCAAUAUCGAGGACUUGAGAAAUGCUCGCAUGGUGAGCAGCAGUACUGAAAGUUUGGAGGAAUAUACCGACACAAUCUACAACUAUGUGGAACCGUACGCCAACUAUUACAAAGCAGCUCAAAAGACAGAUAAAGUUCCGAAGUUUUGCUCCAAAGAUGUGACAGCAUGCAAUUCAGCUGGCUUAGAUGUGACAUGUGUUACGAGUCCAGACUGCACCAAAGAGGUUGCUGAUGGCAAUGCUGAUUUGACGUACGCAUCCGUUAACAACAUCAUCAAAAACGAGGAUAAGCUGAAGAUGGUCUUAAGUCAGAAAGUCAAAGGUGUUCCUGAGAGAUUUGUGUUCUAUUACGGCCUAGCUGUUGUUAAGAAAGAGACGACUUUCAAUUUAAAUCAGUUGAAAGGCAAAGAUUCGUGUCACACCGGAGUCGGAAGAACAGUCGGAUGGAACAUUCCUGUUGGUUAUCUUCUUCACACGAACGAAAUGAUGUUUGACCAAAAUCAGUACAAAUCGACUGCCGAGUUCUUUGGUAAAAGUUGUGCUCCAGGUGCUUCAACAACUACAGCAAGUCAGGAUGUGAAAAAUGAUCUCUGCAGUUUAUGCAAUGGAACAUGCAGCUUUUCAUCAUACGUAAACCCUUACGCAGGCUACGUGGGCUCAUUCAAAUGUAUGGCCGAUGGAGAAGAUCGAGUUGGAUUCGUAAAGCAAACCACAGCAGAUCAAUACCUUGCUAAAUAUCCUGGCAGUAGUAAGAGUGAUUAUAAACUCUUGUGUAGGGAUGGAACGACAAAACCUCUUGAUGAAUACAAGGACUGCCACAUUGCCUCAAGACCUGCGAGUGCACUGGUUACAGGUAAAACCACAUCUCCUGGUAUGAUCAAGAAAUAUCAAAACAUGUUCAAGCAGGCCAAUAUCGAGGACUUGAGAAAUGCUCGCAUGGUGAGCACUAGUACUGAAAGUUUGGAGGAAUAUACCGACACAAUCUACAACUAUGUGGAACCGUACGCCAACUAUUACAAAGCAGCUCAAAAGACAGAUAAAGUUCCGAAGUUUUGCUCCAAAGAUGUGACAGCAUGCAAUUCAGCUGGCUUAGAUGUGACAUGUAUUACGAGUCAAGACUGCACCAAAGAGGUUGCUGAUGGCAAUGCUGAUUUGACGUACGCAUCCGUUAACAACAUCAUCAAAAACGAGGAUAAGCUGAAGAUGGUCUUAAGUCAGAAAGUCAAAGGUGUUCCUGAGAGAUUUGUGUUCUAUUACGGCCUAGCUGUUGUUAAGAAAGAGACGACUUUCAAUUUAAAUCAGUUGAAAGGCAAAGAUUCGUGUCACACCGGAGUCGGAAGAACAGUCGGAUGGAACAUUCCUGUUGGUUAUCUUCUUCACACGAACGAAAUGAUGUUUGACCAAAAUCAGUACAAAUCGACUGCCGAGUUCUUUGGUAAAAGUUGUGCUCCAGGUGCUUCAACAACUACAGCAAGUCAGGAUGUGAAAAAUGAUCUCUGCAGUUUAUGCAAUGGAACAUGCAGCUUUUCAUCAUACGUAAACCCUUACGCAGGCUACGUGGGCUCAUUCAAAUGUAUGGCCGAUGGAGAAGAUCGAGUUGGAUUCGUAAAGCAAACCACAGCAGAUCAAUACCUUGCUAAAUAUCCUGGCAGUAGUAAGAGUGAUUAUAAACUCUUGUGUAGGGAUGGAACGACAAAACCUCUUGAUGAAUACAAGGACUGCCACAUUGCCUCAAGACCUGCGAGUGCACUGGUUACAGGUAAAACCACAUCUCCUGGUAUGAUCAAGAAAUAUCAAAACAUGUUCAAGCAGGCCAAUAUCGAGGACUUGAGAAAUGCUCGCAUGGUGAGCAGCAGUACUGAAAGUUUGGAGGAAUAUACCGACACAAUCUACAACUAUGUGGAACCGUACGCCAACUAUUACAAAGCAGCUCAAAAGACAGAUAAAGUUCCGAAGUUUUGCUCCAAAGAUGUGACAGCAUGCAAUUCAGCUGGCUUAGAUGUGACAUGUGUUACGAGUCCAGACUGCACCAAAGAGGUUGCUGAUGGCAAUGCUGAUUUGACGUACGCAUCCGUUAACAACAUCAUCAAAAACGAGGAUAAGCUGAAGAUGGUCUUAAGUCAGAAAGUCAAAGGUGUUCCUGAGAGAUUUGUGUUCUAUUACGGCCUAGCUGUUGUUAAGAAAGAGACGACUUUCAAUUUAAAUCAGUUGAAAGGCAAAGAUUCGUGUCACACCGGAGUCGGAAGAACAGUCGGAUGGAACAUUCCUGUUGGUUAUCUUCUUCACACGAACGAAAUGAUGUUUGACCAAAAUCAGUACAAAUCGACUGCCGAGUUCUUUGGUAAAAGUUGUGCUCCAGGUGCUUCAACAACUACAGCAAGUCAGGAUGUGAAAAAUGAUCUCUGCAGUUUAUGCAAUGGAACAUGCAGCUUUUCAUCAUACGUAAACCCUUACGCAGGCUACGUGGGCUCAUUCAAAUGUAUGGCCGAUGGAGAAGAUCGAGUUGGAUUCGUAAAGCAAACCACAGCAGAUCAAUACCUUGCUAAAUAUCCUGGCAGUAGUAAGAGUGAUUAUAAACUCUUGUGUAGGGAUGGAACGACAAAACCUCUUGAUGAAUACAAGGACUGCCACAUUGCCUCAAGACCUGCGAGUGCACUGGUUACAGGUAAAAGCACAACUCCUGGUAUGAUCAAGAAAUAUCAAAACAUGUUCAAGCAGGCCAAUAUCGAGGACUUGAGAAAUGCUCGCAUGGUGAGCAGCAGUACUGAAAGUUUGGAGGAAUAUAAUGACACAAUUUACAAUUAUGUGGAACCGUACGCCAAUUAUUACAAAGCAGCUCAAAUGAGAGAUGAAGUUCGAACUCCAAAGUUUUGUUCCAAAGAUGUAACAGCGUGCAACUUAGCUGGCUUAGAUGUGACAUGUGUUACGAGUACAGACUGCACCAAAGAGGUUGCUGAUGGCAAUGCUGAUUUGACGUACGCAUCCGUUAACAACAUCAUCAAAAACGAGGAUAACCUGAAGAUGGUCUUGAGUCAGAAGGUCAAAGGUCUUCCUGAGAGAUUUGUAUUUUAUUACGGCCUAGCUGUUGUUAAGAAAGAGACGACUUUCAAUUUAAAUCAGUUGAAAGGCAAAGAUUCGUGUCACACCGGAGUCGGAAGAACAGUCGGAUGGAACAUUCCUGUUGGUUAUCUUCUUCACACGAACGAAAUGAUGUUUGACAAAAAUCAGUACAAAUCGACUGCCGAGUUCUUUGGUAAAAGUUGUGCUCCAGGUGCUUCUACAACUACCGCAAGUCAGGAUGUGAAAAAUGAUCUCUGCAGUUUAUGCAAUGGAACAUGCAGCUUUUCAUCAUCCGUAAACCCGUACGCAGGCUACGUGGGUUCAUUCAAAUGUAUGGCCGAUGGAGAAGAUCGAGUUGGAUUCGUAAAGCAAACCACAGCAGAUCAAUACCUUGCUAAAUAUCCUGGCAGUAGUAAGAGUGAUUAUAAACUCUUGUGUAGGGAUGGAACGACAAAACCUCUUGAUGACUACAAGGAUUGCCACAUUGCCUCACGACCAGCGAGUGCUUUAGUAACAACUAAAAGCACAUCUCCUGAUAUGAUCAAGAAAUACCAAAACAUGUUCAAGCAGGCCAAUAUCGAGGACUUGAGAAAUGCUCGCAUGGUGAGCAGCAGUACUGAAAGUUUGGAGGAAUAUACCGACACAAUCUACAACUAUGUGGAACCGUACGCCAACUAUUACAAAGCAGCUCAAAAAACAGGCCAAAUCCCAGUGAAUUAAAAUGAAUUGGAAUCGGACUUUAUGGAAUAAUAUGACUUUUCGAUAAAAAAUUGUUUGAUGAAAACUAUAUGAUUGAUUGCACGUAAAUUUUAUCCAGCGAUUUGAACUAAUAUAUUGCUAUCAUUAAUAUUUCAAACAAAAAUAC